AUGGUCGACGGAUCUGUCAAUUCAUCUGAACGAACCGUUUCUGAUGCCCCUCUCUCAUCGAUUACUUCAACCGUAACCACCUUCUCCACGGCUCAUCACUUCAUCAUCGUCAAAUUGACUCAUCGGAACUUCUUAUUUUGGAGGGCUCAAGUUGUUCUUUUUCUCAACAGACAUGAUCUAAUGGGUUUCAUCGACGGAACCAAUCCUUGCCCGCCGGUCACGAUCUCGUCCGUCGAAGAGGGAGUGCUUCCUCUGCCGAAUCCUGCUUAUCAUCCAUGGGUUCGUCAGGAUCACACACUUUUCUCUAUGCUCAUGUCAUCGAUGUCUGAUGAAGUUAUGUCCUUGGCUAUCGGACAUCACACUAGCCGUGCACUGUGGACUGCCUUUACCUCUGCACUUGCCUCUACGUUUCGGUCUCGCUCGUCGAACCUUUUCGGGCAACUUCAGACGUUGAAACAAGGUGCUGCUUCCGUCACUGAUUAUAUCGGCCGGGCACAGGUUCUCAUAGAGGAUCUAACUCUCGCCGGUCGGCACCUUUCGCCUGAAGAUCAAAACCUUUACGUAUUUCGAGGUUUGCGGCCUGAAUUUUGGGUUCUUGUAUCUUCUCUCAAUGUCCGAGGAACACUGGUGACCCUUCAUGAACUCUCGGACCUCCUCAGUACCGAGGAGUUCAUUGUCGGCAGUGGAGGACCGUCGCCGGCAGCUUUAUCCGUCCAGACAACCGGGCAGUAG